AUGGCGAAGCCUCAGAGCAAGGAUUCGGGACUGAAGGAGAAGUUCAGGAAUCUCCUGGGGCUGGGAACGUCUCGGGGAAGUUCGAAGCCGUCGGAGGGCAAGCAGACAGAGUUUGUCAUCACUGCAGAAAUACUCAAGGAGCUGAGCGUGGAAUGUGGAUUAAGUAAUAGGAUACGAGCAAUCAGUCAAAUUUGUGAAGUGGCAAAAACGAAGAAAAUUGAAGAGCACGCGGUGGAAGCAAUAUGGAAAGUGGUAGCUGAUAUGCUCCAGCCAGAGCGCCCCGUCGAAGCCAGACACGCCGUUCUUCAUCUGCUGAAGUCAAUCGUUCAAGGACAGGGUGAGAGAUUAGGGAUCCUCAGAGCACAUUUUUUUAAGGUUAUUAAGGACUAUCCCUCCAAUGAAGACUUGCAUGAACGGCUUGAAGUGUUCAAGGCUCUAACGGAGAAUGGACGAUACAUCACCUACUUAGAAGAAGAGUUAGCUGACUUUGUGCUACAGUGGAUGGAUGUUGGUUUGACUUCUGAGUUCCUUCUGGUUUUAGUGAACCUGGUGAAAUUCAAUAGCUGCUAUCUGGAAGACUAUGUAGCUGACAUGGUCCAGUAAAUAUGCCUCUUGUGCAUUCAGACUUCAUCAUCUGUGGACAUAGAGAUUUCCUUGCAAGUCCUAGAUGCAGUUGUUUGCUACAACUGUCUGCCGUCAGAGAACCUGCCAGUGUUUAUCAUCACUUUGUGCCGUACCAUCAAUGUGAAGGAGCUCUGCGAGCCGUGCUGGAAGCUUAUGCGCAACCUUUUGGGGACUCAUUUGGGACACAGUGCCAUCUACAACAUGUGCAGGAUCAUGGAAGACAGAGCUUACAUGGCGGAUGCAGCGCUGCUGAGGGGAGCUGUGUUCUUUGUUGGGAUGGCUCUGUGGGGUGCUCAUCGCCUCAAUUCACUCAAGAAUUCCCCAACUUCAGUGCUGCCUUCGUUCCUCAAGGCCAUGACAUGUCCCAAUGCAGUUGUAUCUUAUGAGAUAGUUCUGUCCAUAACACGUCUAAUAAAGAAGUAUGGGAAGGAGCUGCAAGCUGUAACGUGGGACAUCCUUUUGGACAUCAUGGAGCGAUUACUGCAACAGCUGCAGAGUCUGGAGAGCCAAGAACUAAAGUCCAUUGUACAUGAUCUUUUGACUACAGUAGAAGAACUUUGUGACCAGAAUGAAUUCCAUGGCUCUGAAGAGAGAUUUUUUGAGCUGGUGGAAAGAUGUGCUGAUCAGAGACCAGAAUCUUCUGUAUUAAACUUGAUAACAUACAGAGCUCAGUCCAUUCAUCCUGCCAAAGAUGGCUGGAUUCACAACCUGCAGAUGUUAAUGGAGAGAUUCUUCAGGAACGAAAGUCGCAGUGCUGUUCGUAUUAAAGUUCUGGAUGUCUUGUCCUUUGUCCUGAGUAUUAACAGGCAGUUCUAUGAGGAAGAGCUGAUAAACGUGGUUGUGAUCUCUCAGCUGGCUCAUAUUCCGGAGGAUAAAGACCAUCAAGUCCGAAAACUGGCCACUCAGCUACUCGUAGACCUGGCUGAAGGCUGCAACACGCACCACUUCAACAGCUUGCUUGAUAUCAUAGAAAAGGUGGCUGCACAUUCUCUCUCAUCUCCUUCUGAACUGGAAGAGAGGGACUUGCUGUCGUAUUCGGCUUCUUUGGAGGAUGUCAAGACAGCAGUUCUUGGACUCCUGAUAAUUCUUCAGACAAAACUCUACAGCUUACCCUCCAGCCACGCGAUGCGGGUGUACGAGAUGCUCAUCCACCACGUCCAGCGCCAUUAUAUAUACGCGUACAGCCUUGCUGUUGCUAGCAGCAUCCGACUGCAGGUAUUUGAUUUCCUACUGAUGCUUCGAGCUGACUCCCUCCACCGUCUUGGCCUUUCCAACAAGGAUGGAGCAGUGAGGUUCAGCCCGUACUGUCUGUGUGACUUUGUAGAAGCAGAGAAGAGGGCUUCUGAGAAAAAGCCUCCUGGUACGCUCUCUCCGCCUUCAGGAAGUCCCAGCGUGCCUUCCCAGAACGCCACCAUUCGCGUAGGGCAUCUGCCCUACUCCAUGGUCUUUGGCGUCCUUCUGCAGUGUUUGAAGCAAGAGACAGACUGGAAGGUGUUGAAGUUGGUCCUCAACAAAUUACCGGAAUCCCUGCGCUAUAAAGUCCUGUUUUUAACCUCUCCUUGUAACAUAGACCUGCUGGCCUCUGCGCUGAGCUACAUGCUCACAGACAAGAAGACUACCGACAGGCUCCACGGUACCCCGGACGGCUUUUCUCGCACUGAUUUGCAUCUGGCUGUAGUCCCAGUACUGACAGCAUUAAUAUCUUACCAUAAUUAUCUGGACAAAGCUAAACAGAGGGAAGAAGUGUAUUGCCUGGAGCAUGGUCUUAUUUAUCGCUGUGCCAACCAGUGCGUUGUGGCACUCUCCGUCUGCAGCGUCGAGAUGCCUGACAUCAUCAUAAAGGCGCUUCCUGUCUUAAUCGUCAAAUUAACCCACAUUUCCGCUACAGCCAAUAUGGCAAUCCCCCUCUUAGAGUUUCUUUCAACUCUAGCGAGGCUGCCUCACCUCUACCGGAACUUUGCCGCAGAGCAGUAUGCCAGUGUGUUCGCCAUCUCCCUGCCAUACACAAACCCUUCCAAGUUUAACCAGUACAUCGUUUGCCUGGCCCAUCACGUGAUAGCUAUGUGGUUCAUUCGGUGUCGCCUGCCGUUCCGAAAGGACUUUGUCCCCUAUAUUACAAAGGGUUUGCGCUCAAAUGUCCUCCUUUCCUUUGAUGACACGCCUGAGAAGGACAGUUUCAGGGCUCGCAGUACAAGCCUGAAUGAGAGGCCAAAAAGUUUAAGACUAGCCAAAAAUGCAAAGCAAGGCUUGAAUAACUCUCCUCCAGUGAAAGAGCUGAAAGAAUCCUCUGCAGUUGAUGCCUUCCGAUCCCGCAGCAUCAGUGUGUCUGAACAUGUGGUCCGCAGUCGGAUACAAACAUCCAUCACUAGUUCGAGCCUGGGCUCUGCAGAUGAGAAUUCAAUGGCUCAGGCUGAUGACAACUUAAAAAAUCUCCACCUGGAACUCACGGAGACCUGUCUGGAUAUGAUGGCUCGAUACGUCUUUUCAAACUUCACUGCGGUGCCUAAGAGGUCUCCCGUGGGUGAGUUUCUCUUGGCUGGAGGAAGGACAAAGACGUGGCUUGUUGGUAACAAGCUGGUGACCAUCACAACAAGCGUUGGAACAGGGACAAGGUCCCUGCUUGGCCUAGACUCUGGAGAGCUCCAAAGCAGCACAGAAUCAAGCUCAGACCCUGUUUUGCAAGUGAGACAAACUAAAGAAGCUCCAGCAAAACUGGAAUCUCAAGCUGGGCAGCAGGUCUGCAGAAGCUCUCGCAGCAGAGUCCGAUCCAUGUCUGGUGGUCAUGCCUUACGCGUCGGUGCCUUAGACAGCUCAGCCUCCCAUUUCCCCAGCGGCUCGGCUUCCCAAGGGACACAGAGUCCUCCUGCCCCUGCCUCUCGAGCGCAGAAGACUAAUCCUGCUCCACAGCCACCUCUGCAGAAAGAAAAAGCAAACUUGGCUGCGUAUGUCCCGCUGCUGACACAGGGAUGGGCAGAAAUCCUAGUGCGCAGACCCACAGGUAACACAAGCUGGCUAAUGAGCCUGGAGAACCCGCUCAGCCCAUUUUCUUCAGAUAUUAACAACAUGCCCCUGCAAGAGCUUUCUAAUGCGCUCAUGGCUGCAGAGCGUUUUAAAGAACACCGAGAAACGGCUCUGUACAAAUCCCUCUCUGUCCCCUCCUCCAGCCUGGCCACCGGGACAGCGAAACCAUCGCUUCUCCAGCGCUCCAACACAGUGGCCUCUUUCUCUUCCAUGUACCAGUCCAGUUGUCAAGGGAAGUUGCACAGGAGCAUAUCCUGGGCAGAGUCCGCGGUGGUGCUGGAGGAAGGGAGCCCCUUGGAAACGGAGCUCAGGGAAACCGAGUCCCCAGCUGAGUCUCCAGAGAGCGAGGACGUUGAGACAUCGUGUUCCGAACAGCUCCUGAGCGAGGAGAGGUUUGGUAAACCCCAGGAGUCUUACAGCAGGUCCUCCUCAACCUCCAGCCAAGAAGAAAAAUCUCUGAAGUCGGAAGACCUGGUGGAGGGUGGAAUUCCCAUCGGGAGAGUCCUGCCGUCAGAGGACGGCCGAACGCUGGAGGAGCUUUCCUUCCAGCCAUCCCAGCCGCUCAGCAAGUCGAGUUCUUCCCCCGAGCUACAGACGCUGCAGGAGGUCCUCAAGGAUGCAAAUGGCAGAGAAGUAACGAGGAGGCUGAGCACAGAAGUGAAGUCAAAAUCCCAGUCUGGGAACCUGGAAGGGGAAGGGCUGGGCAGUUGGCUGGGCAAGGGGGAGGACGCCAGAGGCGCGCUGGAUGGCACCGCUCCUGUCACCUCGCCUCGCUCCCCCUCGGGGCACCGGCCCCGAGGAUACACCAUCUCUGACUCGGCCCCAUCGAGGAGGGGAAAAAGGAUCGAGAGAGAUGCCUUCAAGAGCAGAACAGCAGCCUCCAACGCGGAGAAAGUACCCGGAAUAAACCCAAGCUUUGUGUUUUUGCAGUUGUACCACUCCCCGUUCUUUGGAGAUGAAAACAACAAGCCCCUUUUGUUGCCAAAUGAGAUGUGACCAACGUUUUGGUUGCAGACGUUUGAAAGGUCGGUGCAGCUCCUGGAUCAAAUUCCUUCGUACGACACACACAAGAUUGCGGUGCUCUACGUUGGAGAAGGCCAGAGCAACAACGAAAUCGCAAUUCUGUCAAACGAACACGGAUCCUAUCGCUACACGGAGUUCCUGACUGGGUUAGGGAAGCUCAUUGAGCUCAAAGACUGUCAGCCAGACAAAAUUUACCUUGGGGGCCUGGACGUGUGUGGGGAGGAUGGACAGUUUACCUACUGCUGGCACGACGACAUCAUGCAAGCCAUUUUCCACAUCGCUACUCUGAUGCCCACAAAGGAUUUGGACAAAUAUCGCUGUGACAAGAAGAGGCACCUUGGGAAUGAUUUUGUUUCUAUCGUUUACAACGAUUCUGGAGAGGACUUUAAACUGGGAACGAUCAAGGGUCAGUUCAACUUUGUGCACGUUAUCAUCACGCCGCUGGACUACGACUGCAACCUGGUGACGCUGCAGUGUCGGAAAGACAUGGAGGGUCUCGUAGACACGAGUGUCGCCAAGAUCAUCUCCGAUAAGAACCUGCCGUUCGUAGCCCGUCAGAUGGCCCUGCACGCUAACAUGGCUUCCCAGGUUCAUCACAGUCGAUCAAACCCGACGGACACCUACCCCUCCAAGUGGAUCGCGAGGCUGCGCCACAUCAAGAGGCUGAGGCACCGGCUGCGUGAAGAAACCCAGUACCAGACUCCUGGCCUUCCCCUGCAGCUGCAUCCGUCUGCCCCGACGAAGCCCCCUCCCCAGCUCCCUCAGGACCCUCCGCCCACCUACGAGACGGGGCAGAGGAAGCGGCUGAUCUCCUCGGUGGACGACUUCACGGGGUUCGUGUAG